GCGCGCUCGUUUAAAGUCGCCGUCGGUCGCCACCGGACGCAGGCCCCCUUCCGGCGUCGCCAUGGCGGCUAACGCUACGACCAACCCGUCGCAGCUGCUGCCGCUGGAGCUGGUGGAUAAAUGCAUAGGCUCCAGAAUCCACAUCGUGAUGAAGAGCGAUAAAGAAAUUGUCGGCACGCUCCUGGGUUUUGAUGACUUUGUCAAUAUGGUAUUAGAAGAUGUCACUGAAUUUGAAAUCACACCAGAAGGAAGAAGGAUCACUAAAUUAGAUCAAAUUUUGCUAAAUGGAAAUAAUAUAACAAUGCUGGUGCCCGGAGGAGAAGGGCCUGAAGUGUGAGCGCCUGCCUUGCUUUCCACUGGCUCCUGUGCUGUCGUAGGAUGGCAACAACACAACUGUUAUUGCAUUUGUUUUGUUUUGUUUUUUAACUUUUUAAUGUUUCUAUCCUGGAAAGCUGAGUUUCCCGUUAAAGGGAAAUGCUUUUAAGAUAUAUUGUGUGUCCAUUUUUUGUAAGUUAAUCAUGAUUAUUUUGGAAAAAGGUUAUUUUUUUUGAAGACUAAAAAAAUAAAGGUGUUUUUUGGUGAA